AUGGCUCUUGUUCAAUCCAGAACUCUUCCUCACCUCAAUGUUCCGUUGUCGCCGAUUCUAUCCACCCUCCAUGCUCCGUCAUCUCUCUUUCUCCGAAAGGAAAUUCGACCGAUAACCUCGCCGCUCUCCUCCUCCACCGCCCGGAACUUACCCUUCUCGCCGUCGACGCCUCCGCGGAAGCUUCUCUGCCCUCCGCCUCGCGGCAAGUUUGUCAGAGAAGAUUAUCUUGUGAGGAAAUUGUCAGCUCAAGAGCUUCAAGAUCUGGUGAAAGGAGAGAGGAAAGUGCCGCUGAUUGUUGAUUUUUAUGCCACAUGGUGUGGACCUUGUAUCUUGAUGGCCCAGGAACUCGAAACGCUAUCAGUAGAGUACGAGAGUAAUGCAAUGAUUGUGAAAGUUGAUACGGACGAUGAGUACGAGUUUGCGCGCGACAUGCAGGUUCGGGGCUUACCUACACUGUUCUUCAUCAGCCCUGACCCAAGCAAAGAUGCAAUCAGGACAGAAGGGCUGAUUCCAUUACAGAUGAUGCGAGAUAUCAUUGACAACGACAUGUGA